CCUGGCCAGGCGCUGUAGCUUAUUCGCCUUACAGACCAAUCGCUCCAUAUCGACUACUGCUGGGUACUGUACUGACCACAGAUUACUGAGAAAGUAUCAUGUCCUUGGUCCAACACGUCUCUGCAAUCGAAGGGGCGGACCGUGAACCUGAUCCUCACGAUGAUAGCACUGUCAUCACCGCUGUGACCAGCGAGCAUUACGGUUCCAUCCGUCGCAAGAUCAGCUACGAUUUUUUCCCUCCGCCACAGCCUACGAUCGAUGAGGAGGUGCAUUCGGGGACGCCGGCGUACAAAGUCCCUACCGCGAAGCGACUAGCCCAGGUCGCUGUCACGAUUCUGGCGUGCUGGUUCGCUGCAGGGAUCGUCUUCGGAUUUGCUGCGCUCAAGCCCGUCUUGAUAGCCGAAGGGGUAUACAGAGAUCUGUGUACCGACGAGGAACUGCGCGACAAUGUCGACGUGUGUUUGGAGCAGGAUCUCAGACUCAACUUUUUCUUCACCAUUAGUUCCAUCACCGCCAACGUGUCGGCCCUCCCAGUCGGAACCAUCUUGGAUCGCUAUGGGUCUCGCGUUUGUGGCUUCGCGGGUUGUGUGCUUCUGGCCAUCGGCUGCGCGUUGAUGGCGUAUUCGUUCUCGGAGCCAGGUUUCGACGGCUAUAUCGCCGGCAACUUCUUCCUGGCCCUGGGGGGAACAUUCAUCUUUGUUCCUUCGUUUCAGAUCGCGAACGCUUUCCCCAAGUAUGCAGGCACCAUUGUGGCCCUGGUCACGGGUGCCUUCGAUGCAUCCGCAGCUGUAUACCUGUUCUACCGCCUUGCAUAUGAGGCCACAAACCAGUCUUUUACCCCUCAAACAUUCUUUACGGGGUAUCUUAUAGUACCUGUGCUUAUAUUUAUCGCGCUAAUCACGAUCAUGCCGGCGCGCGACUACCAGAGCGCGCAUCAGCUAGAAUUGAGGAUCGAAAAGGCGGAGGAUGCGACCCGCGACGUGCACGACUCGGACGACGACAUCGAGAGCGACUCGGAGCUGUUUCGGAUCCGCCGGGAGCGGGCAGAGCGCCGCCUCAAGAAGAUCCAUAAAAUCGACGAGGUCCUCGGAGAUCGCGACGAGCGGUUGGAGCGCGAGCAGCACGAAGAAGAGCGCCAGGCAACGAGCGCGGUCUGGGGAGCGCUGCAUGGCCAGCCGGCCCACAAGCAGAUGCUCACCCCGUGGUUUAUUCUUAUCACCCUGACGACGGUCCUGCAGAUGCUGCGGAUGAACUAUUUCAUCGCGACCAUCUAUGCGCAGUACGAGUACAUGUUACAGUCGCCGACGCUGGCGGGCCAAAUCAACAGCUUCUUCGACGUAGCGUUGCCGGUGGGAGGGGUCAUCUCCACCCCGUUCAUCGGCAUGCUUCUUGACAGCCUCAGUGUUCCCUCGAUCCUCGGCAUCAUCGUGGUCCUCACCACCGUGAUUGGUAUCUUCAACUCGGUCCCAGUCUUGUGGACUGGGUAUGUGACCGUGACCCUGUUCGUGUUGCUGCGGCCACUCUACUACUCGGCCAUGUCGGAUUACGCCACCAAGGUUUUUGGGUUUGCCACCUUCGGGCGCGUCUACGGAACCAUCAUCUGCUUCUCGGGCCUCGUCAAUUUCUCCCAGUACGGCCUCGAUGCCCUCACCCAUGGGCCCUUCGACGGAAAUCCGAUUCCGAUCAACAUUUUCUUCGCGGGCGCCGGGUUUGUUGUCGGUACGGCCCUGGUGGCCUUUGUCUAUCUUGCGGGGAGACACAUGAGGGAGCAGGAGCAGGACAUGGAGGAGCACGGCGAGCGACAAUGGUUGAUCCGGGAGGAGAGUGACGAGGAUGUGUACGGGUCUACCAGAUAAGAUAAUACGUGUUGUGCCGAGGUCAAGAGGGAGAGAGAGAAUAGUGGCGCACAGAUAAAAGGAUAUAGUUCAAGGGGCAUGGCGUGCGUUGCGUAUGUGUGUGUGUGUGUGUGUGUGUGUGUGUGUG